GAGAAGAAAACAGAGGAAGAGCUGAGGCCUGAGAGAGACUGCAAGUUUGACACAGCUGACAGCUGAUUCCCUUUAUACGCGGUUUUCUCUCUCCUCUUUCAUCCAAUUUUAGGAGGAACUACCAAACCCAAAAAAAUUCCCAGAAAAAUUAAAAAUUUAGAAAACAAAAAAAUAAAAUUGAAAGGGAGGGAAGAGCAGCUAUUGAUAAGAUUGAAGGACGUGACAAAAAAAUCAAAUAUUGCCGAUCAAUUAAUUUUCUGAUUGAUCGGUCUAUAAUUUGAACUACUCACCUCAAUUAUCUGCAAUUCUUCUGAAAAAUGUCGAUAAAUCAAAAUUUGGGUUUCAUUGUUUUCUUUCUUCUUCUUGGUUUGGCGUCUUCUAGCUUCAUUUCUGAUUCCAUUUUUGAAUCUCACAGAUCUACCGGGCGUUCUCUGCUUCAGACCCAAAAAAGUUGCCCAGUAAAUUUUGAGAGCCAAAACUACACCAUCAUUACAAGCCAAUGCAAAGGACCAAAGUAUUCGGCAGACACCUGUUGUAAGGCAUUCAAGGAAUUUGCUUGCCCUUUCGUAGAGGAUCUGAAUGACAUGUCAAAUAACUGUGCAAGUACGAUGUUUAGUUACAUAAAUCUGUAUGGUAAAUACCCACCAGGGAUAUUUGCAAAUGAGUGCAAAGAGGGAAAGAAUGGGCUUGAAUGUGAUGCAAACACAACAAAUGCAGUGUCCAAAAACUCCAAAUCAAACAGCGCUCACACAGUCAAUGUUUUGUCAGCCAUGGCCAUGGUGCUGAUAUUGGCUACUUCUUUGGUCUCCUUGUUUUGUAUGUUCUGAAGGCCAAGAUGCUGCACGUCUUAUAGUUUGUUCAUUCUUUCUCAGAUAUUUGUCCUUAACUUUAAUGGUUGCUGAUCCAAGUAUAUUGUUUUCACGUAGAAUUUUUGUUGUCGAUUGUAUGGUUACGCUCUAAUCUGUUCUACAUGUUUUAAGACUUUAUUACAAAAUUACAAUUUAUACUCGAA